UUAAUGUUUGUACACGUUACAAAUCGCACCAGUGUCAGUCAGUCAGCCGGCAGGAAAGAAUCUCAUGAUCAUGAUGCAAAAAAGUAUUGUCAGUUGUUUGUUUCUUGCGCUAGCAAUUGUGUAUGUUCGUACGGAUGAUCACGGCGAGAAUGCAGUCGACUACAAUAAAGAAUCGUUCGAUUCUGCAGUGGCGAAAGAACGCCUGUUCGUGAUGUUCUUUGCUCCAUGGUGUGGGCAUUGUAAAAGGCUCGCACCAACCUGGGACGAACUUGCCGCCAAAUACAAUGUUGAUGGCAGGGAAGUCGCCAUCGGAAAGGUUGACUGUACUAUUGAGACGGCCCUCUGCAGUGACCACGGUGUGCGUGGCUACCCGACGGUCAAGUUCUUCAACCUGAACAAAGAAGGGGAGAAGUAUGCCGGUGGUCGGACCAUGGAGGCCCUCACAUCUUACGUGCAGGAACAGCUGGGCAAGGGUGAAGAACAAAAAGAAGAAGAGGCGAAAGAAGAGAAGGCACCUGUGGAGCUGCCAAAGGACGAGGAAGGACUAUUUGUGCUCACUGAUGACACCUUCGAGGCUCACGUGGCCAAGGGACACCACUUCAUCAAGUUUUACGCCCCUUGGUGCGGCCACUGUAAGCGUAUGGCACCUACCUGGGACGAAUUGGCGAAGAAAACCGGCAUCGAAGGAAAGGUCAAGAUUGCUAAGGUCGACUGUACCCAGAACUCGCAGACAUGCAGCAAGCACUCCGUGCGUGGCUACCCGACAAUUAUGUGGUUCACUAACGGAGAAAAGAGUGAAGAUUACCGCGGAGGACGGGAGCUGCCCAGCUUUGAAGCGUUCAUCGCCAAGAUGACAAGUGCUGAUGUUGAGGAGAAGAAGACAUCCACAGACGGACAGGUGCCUGCCAAGAAAGCUGGAGAGGAAGAGGAGGUUGAUGCUGGUAUGGUUAGCCUGACUGACGAAGACUUUGUUGAAUCUGUAUCAGAGGACUACACACUCGUCAUGUUCGCUGAUGAUGAGAAACCUUCCAGCAAUGCAUUGAUCCCGACUAUGGAUCGUGUGGCUGACGAGUUUAUCGACCGACCUGAGGUGCUGAUUGCCAAGGUCAACUGCAGGACAAAUGUGAAAACUUGCAAGGACCAGGAUGCCAAGGGACCUUACCCACAGCUGCGCGUCUACAACAGCGGUGCCAUCAUCGAGACAUACAAGGGCGAGAAAACGGUCAGUGCAGUGACGAAAUACCUCGAGAGCCUCAUACAGAAGGACAAAUCCAAGGAUGAGUUAUAAUGGCGAGGACUUUGUAGGAUUAUAACUCUAGAUAUUUUGAAAUUCCAUAGUUAAUUACAGGGUUGAAUGGUAAAUUGUAUUAAAUAUUUAGUUUAAGAUCUUGAUGCAGUAACGCAAGUCAAGUUGUUACGGUAAUUAAAGCAGAAGAUGGUGUUACUUUAUAAAAUCUUAUAAUGUUUAUCUUAAGAUUAAAAUAUUUAAUACAGUUUCUCUUACAUCCUUUGAUAUCAAAUUUAUUAGGUUUCAUUUGAAAUUAAUAUUACUAUGAUGUGUUUUAGUAAUUAUUGGACUCUGUAGCCUUCAAUUUUGGGAAAUAACAUUUUAAACAGAGAUGUGUUAUGACAUAAAGUGAAAAAUGCAAUAAGUUUAAUAUUGCUAAUAAUGCUAAAAUCACAAUCUUUGUUUAAAAUUUCUUAAUAGUAAUAAAAAACAUACUACAAUCAAAAUCAAAUUAUUAUUUUUUCCACAUUUUGAGCAUUUACAUAAUCGGACAGAGUUUCUCAAACUAUGCAAAUUUCUUUUCUUUAAAAUUUGCAAUCUUAUUGUGUAACGGAAUCUAUAUCACAUCAGUUACUAUUAUAAUAUUUAUUUUUUUGGAGAAAGACGACAUGAGGUAUUCUAGAUUAUUAGUUUACAUUUCAAAAUCUGAAACAGAUAUGUCUUCCAUUUUGAGCGUGUCAAAUCGAGCUUAGGGUCUCUUUAUCUUUAUUUCAUGUGUUUUCUUUCUCUUCACACCUUUCUUGUAUGUGCGUCAUACAUGAAAGCUUGCAAUAUGCUAUAUAUAGAAAUCCAUAUGGGCCUUCGUUCAAAUAUAAAUCCAUGAACAAAUCCACUUUAUUUGUCAAACUACGGAGCGGGCUUACUGCAAGGUUGUUCCAUCUUCAUGUAGAAAUUAGAGUCUUUACAACUGUAUUGCGCUAAGUCCGCAACUUGUAUUUUGAGUAUGGUAUUGUUAUGUAAGACAUUGUAUAAAUGACAAUUUUUGUAUAUUUAAGCCAACUGGGAUAUAUUGAUAUACAGAUUUUUAAUCCUGUGCCUUUUUGCCUUAAGUUUGAUAUAUAGACCUGGAGCAGUGAUUACGAACAGUUGAGUCUGAAUUCAGACCCAAUACUCAAAAAUGCCAAAACUGAAUUUCAUUAAAUUUCCUUCUAACAAAGCAUUGAUGGUGAAAUUUUCUUGAAACAAAUGACUAUUUGAAUGUUGUUCUAUUAAUCACUUAAUAUAUUUUUGUAAAAGAAAUGAUAUAAAUAUGAUUUUUGGUUCCUUCAUAAAAAUGCUUUUCUGAGUUUUCACUGAACUUGAGACUGUUCGUAAUCAUGGCCACAGGGGUUCAGAAGUUUGGGAUAAAUCGAGAUACCAUGAUUCAGAUCGUUUAACUUCAGACUAUUGUACACUUGUUAUGAUUGUUGUUGUUUUUUGCUUGGACUUUUGUUGCAUCAAAAACAGGGAAGUACAUAUACCUUGAAAUGAAUAUAUAAAUGAGUAUUUAAACAAUUUCAAAAACGGCCCUUUACCUUGCUCUGGGCUUGAAUCCCUCCUACUGCUAAGAGACCGCGAGCAAUUUUACAGGAUUAGCAAUUGUCAACUGUUAGAACCCUUAAAUAAGCACAUGCAUUAUUAUUUUCUGUGGAGUAUUUGAUAAUAAAAGCUGCUCUUCAUAUUUUAAGAAUUGGCCUCAAUACUUAUUGAAUGAAAAACUUACAUGUGUGUAUAUUUGGUCACCAUUCAUUAUCAGCACCCUGUAUAAAUGAAGCAUCAAAAUUAACAAUGUUUCUGUGUUCACAUUUUUACUUUUCUUUUCUUUUUUUGCAUUUAAUGAUAAAUAUGAUAAAGUUGUUGUUAUCGCUCCAAAUUUUAUUUGAUAUUUAUCUAGUCAGAUUGGCAGAUGAUUUUGCUGCCAAAUUAUGAACCUGUCUGAAAUGAUAAUUUGUUUCAAAAGAUUUUUUUUUGAUACUGCAAAUUCACAUUCAUAUAACUGUACCAGGACAUUGUCAUACCUUAUAUUGAUAAUUAAUUUUCUUGAACAAUUUUUGAUUGUCCCAAUUUUGUGAAACAAAAUAUAAUUUCAAACACUGCAGGGCAUUGGGUCUUAAUAAGUGUGUAUUAGUAUGUAUUAAUUUAAUAAGAUUAAUUUAUAAUCCAUUUGAUUUAUGCAUAAUAAUAAAUGCUAUAAUUUAUUGACGAAAGAUAUUUUCUUAUUAGGUCAAUUUUAUCUUAAAAAUCAUUUUGCAAUUAAAAUAAUAUUUCAUUCUUCAUCUCUUUUUAUCUUCUUUUAUUUUCUCAUGGUGGCAGGAAACGCCUGAAUAAAGCUCAUCAUAGUAACAUAAUUAUGAAUCUCAUUGUUGUCUUUUCUUUCUUAUUUUACAUACAUUUGACAUUGUAGUAUACAUUUGUCAUAUAAUAUUAUUUUUAUGUGACAUUUUCGGGGCAUUUACUUUGUUUGGGGUUAUAUGCUUGUUACACAGUGGGCUGAUUGUUCUGAACUUUGUAAAAGUAAUUGUUAUUAACUUCAAAAUCAUUACUGCGCUGGAAGUUAAAUGGAUUCACUUGUGAUCUGCAGUAUUUCAAAUCAGAUUUGAGACAACUGUUUCAGCUGUUCUUGAAUUAAAUAUGAGCACAUCAUAUAUUAGUUCAACUUCAAAAGUUAACAAUGAUGUUGUAAACAACGUUGUUAACUUUAACAAAAUUCUAAACAAUUGGCCGCAUGUUGAUCAUAAAUUGUGCUAAAAAUAUGCAUUUUGUUAAGAGCUUAAAGUUCAAAUUUUAAAGUUUGCAUAAUACCUGGAUUUGUAAAAGCAUUACUUACAAGGUUUAUAAGGCGUUACUUCUUUAUUUAAGAAAUGGAGAGCUCCCGCUUGCAGUGGAACAAUUGACAUGGUUCCUAUUCCAAGAUUUAUUAUUAGAAAAGAAAUACCCCCCACUUUGUCAGCUUGAAAUGAUGUUAAAAUCUUCGAACAACCUUUCCAGGGGCCAAUUCAAAAAAGAUUUUAGUCUUUAAUUGAAAUUAUCGUAGUGCCCUAGUCUCAUAAAUAUGCUGCAUAUUUUAUUAAGUAAUCAUUAGCCAACACUAAAAAUGAACACGAAUUUGAGGAAAUAAAAAACAUGCAAUGUUUUUAUCAUUCGUGACUUUAAUACAGAUUAAAGAUUUUUGAAGUUAAUACUAAAAUCCUUUAUUGAAACUGCUCUCUGAAGCAUGGGCUUGUUUGACCUUUGAAUGACUUUGUUUGACCUUGGAAUGACCUUGUUUGACCUUGCAAUGACCUUGUUUGUUGAUGGUGCUCAGAAAGUUUCUUUGUAGAAUUAACAAGUAGAAUGGUCAUACUUUAUGCAGUAAGUAAGAUUUGUAUUUAUGAAGAACAUUUUAUAAUUUACAUCAGCAUUUGUUAACUUGUUUGUCUAUAAUGUGGAUGUUUUGAAAAUUGAGAGCCAUGUGUUAAGGUAUUGUAUCCAGUAAGCGUAUAACAACCCAUAGUUUAACCUAACCUAUGCAAAUUUAGCACAUUCUUUUGUUUGAAUGAAGACUAUUUAAUAACAAUUUACUUUAUCCCCGAAAAAAGGCUAUUGUCACCUUAGUGCAAGAACUCAAUAUCUGCUUCUAUUUCUAUAUGCAGUUAUUGAGUUAUUGCACUAGGGUGACGCUAUGUUCAUGCUCUUAAAAUAGUUGUAUACUUCUUGGUGUUGUACUAUUAUACUGUGAAUAAAUGCCUAACAGUGUUUCUGACAAUGAUGUUUUUACCAUUGUCCAGUUUGUUGUGAGGAUGGGUUAAGUUAUAAUUGCAUUUAAUGAAGCAAUGAAGCAUUUUUAAAUCUGUUGACAGGGUUGUGAAAUUGCCAUAGAAUCAUUCGAAAAAAUGCUACAGCUUUGUUAAAAAUUGCCAUUGUUGCUGCUGCUGUUGCUACUACAUCUGUAUAUUUGAUAGAAUUGUGAAUAUCUAAUCUUAAUUUAUUGCUUACUGAAUUAUUAGACACAAUUGCUAUAGCAUUUUUAUAAAACAGCCGUUGUUGUUGCUGCUGCUGCUACUCGAUCUGUACAUUCUAUAGAAUAAUUAAAUAUCUAAUCUUAAUUUAUUGCUUAAUGAUAAGUGCUGUUGUAACAGGUACACUGGGUCAGUAUUACAGAAGCAUCUUAAGAAAAACAAAUUAAACUUAAGUAUAGAUAUUGGAAUUAUUUUGUUUCUUGAAAAAUACACUAAUGAUUUAAAACAAAUUUUUCAUUUUUAAAAACUUAAGUUUCCAUAUUUUAAUUGCUGUACACUAAGCAUACGACUUUCCACCAGUGAACCAGUUAAGGAAAUUGUUGAAUUUAAGAAGUACAAUUUUAAGUUAGAUGCUUCUGUAAUAGUGCUCCUGUUGUUUAAUGUGUAUCUUUGCUAUGAGACACAUUCCAUGGCCCAGUGUUUUGAAAAUUAAAUAUAUUAAGAUGAAAAGUUUGAAUGUAAAUUAGAUAAAAGCAAUGCUCUUAACAAGGAUAAUCAUAUUUUGUGGAAAAUGUCAUCGUUGUAGCAACAUAUUUUGUAUCGCUUUGGACAAUUUCGAUACAAAAUAAAUAUACAGUAUACAAUUUUUAAUUUGUGUCGAAAUAUACUUAAAAUGUCCAUAGACAAUUUGAAAUGCAUGUAUAAAAAUAUACAUUUUAGGAAAAAGAUUUUAAAUAGCCUUUGAUAAUCUUGAUAUUACAUUCAAUCAAUAUACAUCUAUGUUUUUCUUUUCCGAUAUCAUUACCCUUUCCUGCCAUUUGUGUGAGUGAGUAAUGUACAUUUAAACAUAUCAUGAAUGGGAUAUAUUUUCUUCUGAAUCAAGAAAUAAAAUUAAAAAAUA